GGAUAUCAAGCAGCUGGACCACGCAAAGCGUCACCUGACCACUUCUAUAACCACCCUCAAUCACCUGCACAUGCUGGCUGGCGGUGUGGACUCUCUUGAAGCUAUGACUCGAAAGAGGCAAUAUGGGGAGGUGGCCAAUCUCCUUCAGGGUGUAGUCAACGUGCUCGAGCACUUCCAGAAGUACAUGGGCAUCCCCCAGAUACGUCAGCUCUCAGAAAGAGUUAAAGCUGCACAGAGCGAGCUUGGCACGCAGAUACUGGCCGACUUCGAAGAGACUUUUCCUGCCCAGGGGUCAAAGAAAUCUGGAGGUCCUAGCAUUGUUCUCAGAGAUGCCUGCUUGGUGGCAAAUGUCCUGGAUCCUCGAAUUAAGCAGGAGAUCAUCAAAAAGUUCAUCAGGCAGCACCUUUCAGAAUACCUAGUGCUCUUCCAAGAAAACCAGGACGUGGCGUGGCUCGACAAGAUAGACCGGCGCUAUGCGUGGAUCAAGCGUCAGCUUGUGGACUAUGAAGAAAAGUAUGGGCGAAUGUUUCCUGAGGAGUGGUGCAUGACCGAACGCAUCGCUGUAGAGUUCUGUCAUAUCACCAGAACCGAGCUGGCCAAGCUGAUGCGAACCCGUGCCAGGGAGAUCGAGGUCAAGCUUUUGCUCUUUGCUAUUCAGAGGACCACCAAUUUCGAAGGACUGCUGGCUAAACGCUUCUCGGGCUGCACCUUAAACAACGGGCCUGGGCAGAAAAAACCUGAGACUCCUCUAGAACCAACAAACCCCUUUUUGGAAGACGAGUCAGGAGAGGACAACGUAUCAGAAAAGGAUGAAGAUUUGGAUAGACCAAAGAAGCCUAAGGCUCCAGACAACCCCUUCCAUGGCAUUGUGUCCAAGUGCUUUGAGCCUCAUCUCUACGUUUACAUCGAGUCGCAGGAUAAAAAUCUUGGCGAGCUGAUCGACCGUUUUGUUGCUGAUUUCCGGGCACAGGGUCCCCCUAAAUCAGGUACAGAUGAGGGAGGUGCUGUGCUGCCCAGCUGUGCAGAUCUCUUCGUGUACUACAAGAAGUGUAUGGUCCAGUGCUCGCAGCUGAGCACCGGAGAACCCAUGAUUGCUUUGACCACCAUCUUCCAGAAAUAUCUACGCGAAUAUGCCUGGAAGAUCCUCUCUGGGAACCUACCAAAGACCAGCACCAAUAGUGGUGGUCUGACCAUCAGCAGCUUGCUGAAGGAAAAAGAGGGAUCAGAAGUGGCCAAGUUCACAAUGGAAGAGUUGUGUCUUAUUUGCAGCAUCUUAAGCACGGCUGAAUACUGCCUGGCUACCACACAGCAGUUGGAGGAGAAGCUCAAGGAGAAGGUGGACAAGUCCCUAAUGGAGAGAAUCAACUUAACUGGGGAGAUGGACACCUUUAGCACGGUUAUCUCAAACAGUAUCCAGCUCUUGGUUCAGGACCUAGAUGCUGCAUGUGAUCCAGCCCUCACAGCUAUGAGCAAGAUGCCGUGGCAGAGUGUGGAACAUGUGGGAGACCAAAGCCCGUAUGUGACCUCUGUAAUCAUGCACAUCAAACAAAAUGUGCCCAUCAUUAGAGACAAAUUGGCCUCCACCCGGAAAUACUUCACCCAGUUCUGCAUUAAGUUCACCAACUCCUUCAUUCCAAAGUUCAUCAACCACCUGUUCAGGUGUAAGCCAAUCAGCAUGGUUGGAGCAGAGCAGUUACUCUUGGACACACAUUCCCUCAAGACCGUUCUUCUAGACCUCCCUUCCAUUGGCUCUCAAGUGGUCCGUAAAGCCCCGGCCAGCUACACCAAAAUAGUGGUUAAAGGAAUGACUCGAGCGGAGAUGAUCCUCAAGGUGGUCAUGGCCCCUCACGAGCCGUCCGUGGUCUUUGUGGACAACUACAUCAAGCUCCUUGCUGACAGCAAUCCUGAGACGUUCCAAAAGAUUCUAGAUAUGAAGGGCCUAAAACGGAGUGAGCAGAGCACCAUGCUGGAGCUUUUCAGGCAGAGGUUGCCUAAUCCGCCAUCAGGACCAGACGGUGGCCCAUCAUUGUCCUUCAGUGCCCCCACCCCUGAACAAGAAUCUUCCCGUAUCCGCAAACUGGAAAAGCUCAUCAAAAAGAGGAUUCAGUAAAUCAGAAGGAACUUUAUACCCAUCAAUCUAAUAAUAUCAUGGUUUAACUUUGAGGCUUUCAUGACUUGCAUUACUAUGAGCUUUAUGAUUCAAGUCCUUUCCUGAACUUAAACACAUUACUGGCAUGUAUGAGUCAUUUUGCCCCCCCCCCCCC